CAAACCCAAGAGCAAUCUUAAGCAGACUCAGAUCAACCCAGGGACACGCGCUCCACUCCUCACUUCUCCUCUUCCUCUCCACUUGGAUAUAUAUUCGUCUGACCGCAGGCCGCCUCCAUCAUCAACUGACAGCCUUCUCGUAUUUAUUUGCUUAUAAACCUGUUACAAUAAAUGAUCAUUCGAGCAGCGUCACGCGCACCUUAACGACGAGCAGCAACCACUUUUUGAUGAAUGACAUUUUGGGCUAGAAAGGAUGCACGGGUCAUUUUAAACAGUCAUUCAUUGCUCGCAUUGGCAUUCUUCAAUUUUUUCCCCCGUCUCGCUCAUAAAAAGGUGUUAUAUUAUUUAGAGACAGUUGCUGAGCUGAAUGCGGAUUAGCUCCGCCACAACUCAUCGGAGCACCAGCCCUGGAAAUUGUGUUUCUUUCUAGAAGGCUUAAUGAUGGAGAGGAUAAGAAAAGAGAUGAUUCUGAUGGAGAGAGGUCUGCACAGUCCCGUGCCUGGGAAAAGGCUCUCGAACCUGUCAGACUCCGCUGGAAAUUCAGUGUUGGAGGCCCUCGAAAAUUCUCAGCACAGUGGUCGCCUAAGCCCGAGAAUAAGUUCCGCCUCGCUUCAUGGAAGUCUAGGGGAUAUUCCAACCAAAGGCAAGUUCGAAAUCGACAGUAUUUUCGGUACCCACCACAACAGCGAGAAUACUUCCUCCGCGGAGAUUUCAUCCUCAGAAAGCAGAAAGAAAAUUCACUUAUACCCAGAAGUUUCUCAAGACUCAGAUAUGAACAGUGAUGUGGAGGUGGGAUGCCCAUCGCAUCGCUCUCCGAGCCAACACAAGGAAAACAACAACAAAGGGUUUUCUGACAAUAAUUCUGGAGGCUCCAACACAAGUUCAUCCUCCCUUUCCAAUCAUAACGGCAAUGGAAUGAGCUCAAACAUGUCAAAUGCCGAGACUAGAAGGUACCGGACUGCAUUCACCAGAGAACAAAUAGGAAGACUGGAGAAAGAGUUUUACAGGGAAAAUUAUGUCUCAAGACCCAGAAGAUGUGAACUGGCCGCAUCACUGAAUCUACCUGAAACUACAAUAAAGGUAUGGUUCCAGAACAGGCGGAUGAAGGAUAAGAGGCAACGUUUGGCGAUGUCUUGGCCCCAUCCAGCAGAUCCAAGCUUUUACACCUACAUGAUGACGCACGCGGCAGCCACCGGAAGUCUACCAUACCCUUUCCAUUCCCACAUGCCUCUGCACUAUUACCCGCACGUUGGUGUCACAGCAGCUGCCGCUGCCGCAGCUGCGUCUGGUGCUGCAUCGUCACCUUUCGCUACCUCCAUUCGCCCUCUCGAUACUUUCCGUGCACUCUCCCAUCCUUACUCACGCCCAGAGCUUCUCUGUGGCUUCAGGCACCCAGGACUUUAUCAGUCACCCGCAGGCCUCAAUAGCUCUGCGGCAGCAUCAGCAGCAGCGGCAGCAGCAGCAUGUGCAGCCGCGGUCAGCGCGCCAUCAGCCACUGGCCCAUGCUCGUGCCUCAGUUGUCACAGCAGCCAAGCGGCCAGUGCGCUAGGCUCCAGAAGUACCAACUCUGACUUCACCUGCACAGCAUCUGGGCAAAGAUCCGAGAGUGGAUUUUUGCCGUAUUCUGCAGCUGUCCUGAGUAAAACCUCGGUUCCAUCACCAGAUCAGAGAGAGGAAUCUUCACUAAACAGAUAACUCAUCACUGGAACUUCUAAAACAAGAUCAGUUGCUCAUGUUUUCUGCUCUGUGGUUAGUUUAUACAUCCAUCUAUGACUCCAAUAUUUGGGGGACAAAUAACGGUAAUUCCAAAACAAUUAGGCUAACUUAAUUAGCAAACACUUAAAUAUUUGUUUUUACAAUAAACAAAGAUUUGCUAGGCACUAGGCUAUUCGGGAAAAAAAUACAAAAAUGUUGCAUUCAACAGAAAUAUAAUGUUAGACGUUUUAAACUGCCAAAAGUGUGAACAUUGGUAAGUGCUAAAUUUACAAUAAUUGAAAGGACUAUUUUGUUAGUGCAGUGGUGAUGAAGCUUUAUUUUUCUUCAUUCACACCUGGAUUCCUGUGCCUUAAAACCUAGACAUAACUAUCUAAUUCAGUGAUAGGCCCACGGUACUUGGUUAUUAAUUCGGCCCACGGUACUUGGCUAUUAAUUCGGCCCACGGUACUUGGUUAUUAAUUCGGCCCACGGUACUUGGUUAUUAAUUCGGCCCACGGUACUUGGCUAUUAAUUCGGCUUAUCACAUCGACUGUGAUUGACUAACUAAUGUUUAUUGUUCGUCAUUAAUUAAAACAAUAGUUAUUUUCAUUUUCAAUUUUUUGAUUCGUAGGCUAAUCAAAAUUUCAAAUUAAUGUCAAUGAACACAAACGUAUCUAAAUCAAGCCACAUCCUAAAUUCGUUAUUUAUCAAUUUAUGUCAAUAUAUUUUCACCAAGUAGGCGAUCUAAAUUCUAAUAAUAGCCUAUACAUUUUUCAAAAUACCCAGUUAUAUCUUGGUAUUAAGGCACUGUAAAAGUAACCAUUGUUUCUUGUCGUCUGCAUUUAUCAAAUAGAUGCUGGGCAUUGCUUUUCUCUGUUAAUAAAUAUUUUUCCGUGUAGUCUCGUUCUUAAUGUAGGUUAUGGUGAGAAUCAUAUUUACAAUAUGUGCCACAACAACUGAUACUACUGUAUAAUGACCUUAUUGUAAAACCCUAGCUCAAGGGACAUUCCUAAUCUUCAAGUAAGGUGUAUAGAAUUUUGCACCUCUUCUAUGCUGUCAAUUCUGAUGUUAAUAAUGAGAGGAUUAUGACGAAAAUUGCCAAUCAUGUACCUUGAUGGACCUUCUUUGAAUGCAGAAUUGUAAGAAAGUUCCUCGUUCUGAGACCCGCUGUCAAGUGCUAACAACCCGCUGAGGGAAGUCAUUAGACAAGACAGAUAAAAGACCUGGAACAUAGAACGUUGUUCUUGGUGCAUAUAUUGUACAGUUUUAAAUGUGAUAUUCGUUACCUGAGACGUUUUUAUUUAUUUAUAUUACUCCUUAGAGCCCCAUUUCCAAUCUUCGUUUCUGUUCUGAACUUGGACGAACGCCCUUUACACUUUUCCUGUUAUAUUUCCGUUCUUACAUUGCUGAUGUUACGCUGAUGCGAGCAACCUCAUUAAAUCAAAACCGGUAUUUCCAUACACUGUACUCCCAAUAGGGCCCCUUCACUCAGCAUACACAGUAAUGGGAUUAUCUGAACAAGCCGAAAGAUCAGACAAAUAGCUCUCGCAUCUCUGUCUGCACUGCAUAGACUACAUGUAAACCUUUCUUUCAUGCCAUUUCUGUUACCUCUUGUCUUGAGGACCACAACCUAAGAGACUUAGGCCUAAUUGUAGGGAACAUCUGUAAAUUGUAAAUUGUGAGAUAUUUUGUCAUAUCAUGCAUAGCCUCGUUAAAAUAGUUUUAAACCAAAAUAUUGACGGCUGUUGGAUUGGAAGAUUACCCAUGACGUGGAAAUUGUAUUAUUAUUUUUUUAUAUGUUUUUCAAAAUAAUUUAUGUGACUUGUUGAAUGUUUAUUUAAUUUACAUCGUAUACACUGGAGAUUGAAUACAUGCCUAUAUAGCCAUCAUUCUAGACAAUGCUAUUAUAAGGUAAAAAUGGUUAUAUGGCAACUACAAACCAAACGAGUCUUAUGUCAUGCAAGUAUUUUAGGAGCCCAUAAAUGAAAAAGGAGAGUACAUUUUUGUACAACAUUGAAAAAAGGGUUUCAAGGGCUGAUAAACGAUAACGGAAACCUGUUUAAAGGAUAGAACUAAUGAAAUACAAGUGUACUGCCCUAUGUCCCCAGGGUCUGUGUGAUACAUGGAUGUGUACAUUUUAUCUCUGUAUUUAAAAUAUUAGCCUACUAACUGUAUGAAUUUACAUAUUUUAACUUGAGAAAAAAUGUGCAAUAUAAAAAUGUAAAUCAUGUUAUUUAUUGAUGGUGUUUGUUCUUGGGAAAUAAAUAUUUAAAAAUCG